ACGAACACCCGGUUUCAGAAAAUGCGCUGCAGCUCCGACGAACGUGCGUGUGUGGAAUUUGCCAAGAUCGAGCUCUAUUCGUUAUAUGUACGCGUCGCCCCGUACACCAAGCUCCUGGCCAGCGAAGGCUCCAGAUGCCCCUGACCCUGCGGGAGCAGAUCACCAUGGAGAAGACGCCGAGCUACUUCGUCACCGAGGAGGUGCCGGCGCGCAUUCGAAGCACGCUGCCGCAAGCUCGCCUCCUGGUCGUCGUUCGGGACCCGGUCACCCGGGCGCUCUCCGACUACGCUCAGACUGCCUCCAAGCGCCCCGACACCACUCUGCCCUUCGAAGUCCUGGCGUUCCGCAGGCGCCGAAGGAGGAGAGACGGCGACGCCAAUUCAAACAUUCGCCACCAGUCGCCUCGCAGAAGGCGAGCCCGGUCCAGAAAUGACACCUUCAGUGGCGCAAGAAACGCCAUGACUCCUGGAUCCAGCAAAAUCGAGUUUCCAGCAGCUCCUAGCUAUAAGAAGCGUGAAGGCGUUAAAGAAGGAUUUCUUGGGAGGCUGAAUGGCCGCGACAGUUCUCAGCGGGGGCACAUAACCGCUGACAUGUACCACGGGAAAAACACAGAAGACCGCGAAGUCACUAUCAGGAGAAGCGAGGCUACUCGCAACGAUGAGCAAAACUACGUGUCGUACAAACCGAACGACACGCCUACACAUGAGUACGCAAGUCUGAAUACGACAACAGACUACAACCGGGUGAAACUCGUUGCCUCUGACCCCCACCAGGAGAACAGUCGUAGCAGUGGGAAUGAAAUUCCUGACGACAUUGCGUACGCCAAAACCAAGAAGAAAGGUGCAUCUUCAUCAUCUAGAGGCCGAUGGACUGACGCAGCAAGUGAAGACGAUAAGAGGGCCUACAAAGAAGACACUGACCAGAAGUCCACUGGCAGGGACUGCGGUCAGGUCAGUUACAGCGUCAACAGUACGUGCACGAACGGAAGCAGCGACGUCGACGAGUCGUGGUCCGGCAUCCGCAUCGGCCUCUACGCCAAUCACCUCACCCAUUGGCUCAGGCACUUCCCGCAAUCCCAAAUCCACGUGGUUAGCGGCGAGGAGCUCGUCAGGAACCCAGCCCGCGAGAUGGCCAUGGUCCAGGACUUCCUGGGCCUGCGGCGGCUGGUGUCCGAGGACCACUUCUACUUCAACAGAACCAAGGGAUUUCCCUGCUUGAAGAAGAGCGAAGGCAGCGGCAGUCCUCAUUGUCUCGGCAAGACCAAGGGGCGCACGCACCCCAGGCUAAGCGAAGAGAGCGUCAGGAGGCUGCGGAAGUUUUUUGAGCCGCACAACAGAGAGUUCUACAAACUGGUAGGACGGGACUUUGAGUGGGAGCGCCCGAGGUGAACGUUGAAAAUACUAGGUGACGUUUGUUUUGAAAAAAAAGGGCGGGGGGUGGACAUUGAGAAGUUCUCAGCGUCUGGCCGCACGCACUGGCCGUUCUGACUGCCGGCUGCGACGAACACCCAGAUAGGACUGGCUUCGUUUAGUGGCGCUUCCUGAUCUCGCUGUCCCCCCACAAAGUGUUGUAAUUAAUUUGGAAGAACCGCAAUGGCCCUUCAUGUUUUGAUGUCUUCGGCCUCUCGUAAAGCAACAGCAAUGGUACUGUGCAACAACUCAGCUGGCAAAUUAUAAUGCUGUGUUAAAGGGUGUGAACGAUGCACUUUUUAGAAUUAACCAAACAUUCUGAAACUUCAGAAGACACAUCGACCCUGCCAACAUAUCGUACUUUUCUGCGUCAACGUACAGCGAUCAAGCCGUGGAAUACGACUUUUUUGUAUAACAUCAAAUACGGGCUAGGUUUUACUGAGCGAUCGAAGCAGAAACAAAAGCCAGUACAACGUAUCACUAAUCCGGUGAUGCGGCACAGCUGAAAUCCGUAGGCCCAGUGUGUUCAUUUAGAAAGAGCCCCUGACUCGGAGCCCAGCUAACGCUCAAAGACUGCCUGAUAUGUUUUCAGAACUCCAAUCUCGAAUUGAGAAGCAUUCCGAGUUCAGAAUCGCCUGCAAUUUUGAGUUUGACUUUCUAAAGAGCCGCUAAGGAUGCAUAGAAAGGUGACAGAAUAAAUUGAAUGGCCAGUAUUUCACUUCAUGGCAGAAUUUCGCGCUGAAGCAACAAGUAUUUCCCACUGUAGAGUAUAGUGAGCCAAGUGUGACUUCAAAUAAUGACAAGCCCAACAGCAGUCGGCCGUACAAUAUAUACCGCGGAGCAGUUACUGUAUGGAGUAUGAAUUCAGCACCAACUACACUUGCAGCCCUUGUCCGUGGUCAUUCACACUUCAAGGCGAUGUUCGUCCCAAAUCCUUAACAGCAAUAUUGACAUCUUUGCACUGUUACUCCGGGUGGCACAACGUGGUCGUUUCAAACUGUGUAGUUAGGACAAGUACGUGUAUUAGUAGUAGUAGUCAAACCAGACGAUGUUUGUCUUUAUUGGUGGGAAAUUUAGCAUGUGGUGUCGUUGUUCCAAUUCCGCAAGGAGAGAAGCGCAGACACGUAGUUGGUCAUUCAGUC